AUGAACGAUCAGGAGAGAAAACAUCAAGCCUGCACCCACACAAUCUUCGACAGCACCAUUGAAAGCCAAUCCGGGGAAGCCUAUGACAAAACUGCGAGGCGUACUCCUCCAGUUACUCAUAAACUCAUCUUUGAAGAGUUGAAGCCCAUACAUGAAGCGGUGACUGGCAUCGAUUUUGUCAAGGCAUGGGCUGAAGUCGUCAAAUGCCACCGUGUACUUCACGAGCAGGGCUUCGAGCACAGAAACCCGAAUCUUUUGGACAUGCUGUACAACACCACUGGGGGGCACGGCAUCCUCGUCGACUUCGAGCUUGCGCUUCCUCCUGUUUCGUCUCCGCCUUCUGUCUCUCGAAGAUCAGAGGACAUCCGCUUCAUGUCUAUGGAGAUUACCGCAGAUCUGUAUAAGGAGGAGAUACCGAGACUAUAUCGCCAUGAGCUCGAGGCUCUCGUCUGGGUUCUUCUCUAUGUGUUAUCGCAGGUCGAAAAGAAAUGUGUAGUGAAAGAUCGCUCGAUGGGCAAACACUGGCACUAUAGAUUCUGGGAAACGCCCGGUUUUUGGGCGUGUCACUCGCGAAAGAUUAAAUUCUGCUGCAGCUUCCUAGACGCUUUUGGUGUCCAGGACAGCUUCAAGCAGCAGGCGCAACUCGCUCCUAGAAUGGGUCAAUGA